AUGCUGCGACAUAGCUGCCUGCGCGAGAAGGGGAACCUAAUUGGGGGGAGCCUCUUGCGGGGCAUCAGCGCCCAGCUGCGCGCUGCAGGGGGUGGCACCUUCCGAAGCUUCCACAGCUACAGGAGCUUCUGUAGCUUCUGCAUUUUCCGCCGGGCGAACAAAGCUGACGCGAACUGGUACGGCUGCUUCCCCGGCCAUGUUGCGGGGGGAGCAACCUGCGGACCGCUCCGAGGGGACUGCGCGGAGAGGCACAAGUUGAUGGCGCACGUUCGGAGGUUCAGCGGUGAGUCGACUCGCGCCAAAGGGGGAGACAAAAGAGAAGGUGACAUAGAGGGGAAUCGAACCAACGGGAGCGAUAAAACAAAACAACUGGAAGAAGAAAUGAAGAAGCUGAAUGAGCAAAUAGCGAGGGAAAAGGGGAACCACAAGAAAGCCCUCCUUUUCAUUUUUACAUGUGUAGUAGCUCUAUACAUGUAUUUCGAGUCCUACGACCCCGAAUUUUUUCUGUAUGAUGUAUUUUUAAAAAUGCUUUUAAAAUAUGUUGAUGGGGAGACAUGCCAUGAGCUUUUCCUCCUCAUGGGGAAGUACAAGCUGUUGCCCUACGACACGGGAAAGGAUAACAUUUACUCUUGCUCAGAAAUAAAAGGAUUAAAUUUUAUAAAUCCAUUUGGAGUAGCUGCAGGAUUUGAUAAGAACGGGGUGUGCAUUGAUGGGAUUUUAAAGUUGGGUUUUUCUUUUAUAGAAAUUGGGACCAUCACUCCUAAGGCUCAGAAGGGAAAUGAGAGGCCAAGGAUCUUCAGAGAUUUGGAAACGAGGAGCAUUAUAAAUUCCUGUGGCUUUAAUAACAUGGGUUGUGAUGAGGUGUGUAAGAAUUUGAAACGCUUUCGGGAGAGGCAGAAGACAGACAAGCUGCUGCAGAGACAUUUGGUGGGCGUCAGUUUGGGGAAGAACAAGGACUCCCCUGAUAUUUUGCAGGACCUCAGUUAUUGCAUCGGGAAGAUCGGCAGGUACGCGGAUUACAUAGCCAUCAAUGUGAGUUCCCCCAAUACCCCCGGGCUGCGCGACCACCAGAAGGGGGAGCGCCUGCACGGGAUUAUUCAGCGCGUGAAGGAGGAGGUGGCCAAGUUGGACGGGGGGGGGGCGCCCCUUGGAGGAGCGACCACUGGGGGAGCGGCCAUGGGGGGAGCCACCACUGGAGAAGCGGUCGUGGGUAAAGCUCCCCCUGACGAAGCUGCCACAGGUGGCGAGCCCUGGGCGAACACGACCAAGCGCAGGCCCCUCAUCUUCGUGAAGCUGGCCCCCGACUUGGAAGAAGGCGAAAGAAAAAGCAUCGCAAACGUGCUGCUCAACGCGGAAGUAGACGGGAUGAUCAUUUGCAACACCACGACGCAAAAAUUUAACAUAAAAAGUUUUGAAGACAAAAAAGGAGGAGUCAGUGGGGAAAAGUUGAAGGGCGUGUCUACUCAUAUGAUUUCUCAAAUGUAUAAUUACACGAAUGGGAAGAUCCCCAUAAUUGCAUCUGGGGGGAUAUUCACGGGGGAAGAUGCGCUGGAGAAGAUCGAGGCGGGUGCGUCCGUGUGCCAGCUGUACUCCUGUCUGGUUUUCAAUGGGAUGAAGGCGGCCGUGCGGAUUAAGCGCGAGCUGGACCACUUGCUUUACCAGCGGGGGUACUACAAGUUGGGGGACGCCGUCGGGCGGGCCCACCGGCGGGCCGCCUAG